AUAAGAGUCAGUUCCACAAAAAUCAAUACAUUUUUCUCUAAGCAGAGAGUGGCAUUAUGGUCCCAGAUCCCCGUCAUGAACGCUGAUGCGGUGAUCCCACAGCUGCGCUGCCCAUCGCUGGAGUAUUUCCGAGACCAUUACCUGAUCCCACAGAAGCCCGUCAUCCUGGAGGGGGUCGUGGACCACUGGCCUUGCAUGAGGAAGUGGAGUGUGUCCUACAUCCGCCAAAUAGCUGGCAGCCGCACUGUCCCUGUUGAGCUGGGCUCUCGCUACACAGAUGAGGACUGGUCCCAGACCCUCAUGACCAUCGGGGAGUUCAUCAGCCAAUACAUCGACAAUGAGUUCCCAAACCACACUGGAUACCUGGCUCAGCACCAACUCUUUGACCAGAUCCCGGAGCUGAAGGAUGACAUUGGCGUCCCCGACUACUGCUGCCUUGGUGAAGGAGACGAAGACGACAUUACCGUGAAUGCCUGGUUUGGUCCUGCUGGCACCAUUUCGCCUCUCCACCAUGACCCGCAGCAGAACUUCCUAGUGCAGGUCAUGGGUCGGAAGUACAUCCGCCUGUAUUCCCGCCAGCAGUCUGACUGGCUGUACCCCCAUGAAGGCACUCUCCUCCACAAUACCAGCCAGGUAAAUGUGGAAGACCCCGACUUUGAGAAAUUCCCCAUGUUCAAGGCAGCAAUCUUUCAAGAGUGCAUCUUGAGCCCUGGCCAAGUCCUCUUCAUCCCAAUUGGGCAUUGGCACUACAUCCGGGCCCUGGACACCAGUUUCUCCGUCAGCUUCUGGUGGUCAUAGCUAUCGCCAGGAGCAGAUGGCUUUUCUACUCAGGCACGUAAAGUACGAGGCCAAAAGGUACUGUCUGGUGGGGCUUGUCACAGACUAUGACACAGCUUUUUGGGGCCUGUUGCUGUUGGGGGCAAUGAGGGGAAAGGUGAGUGAUGGUGUUACUCUGUGGGCAUUAUUCUGAAUUUUAACUGGAAUAAGUG